ACAGAGAAACACACACACACACACACACACAGACAGAGAGGCAGAGAGAGACAGAGAGAGACAGAGAGAGAGAGAGAGAGAGAGAGAUAGAGAGAGAAGAUCAUGGCUGAUGUUCCUCAAUCAUUUUUGGGAUUGCUUGUGACCGUUUUGUAUCUGCUAACAGGUGUCAGUGGAGAAACUCUCUCUAUGUUCUCCAGAGUGGGAGAUGAUGUCAGUCUGCCGUGUAACAAUGUGGUUUAUCCAAACUGUUCCUCAACUACAUGGAUCUAUAACAGAGCUCUAUCUACUCGUACUAUUCAAGAGGUCACAUUGGGGGAGAUCAAAGUUGACCAGACAGAGAGAGCAGAGAGACUGAGUUUAGGGUCCUACUGUUCUCUACAUGUUAGUGAUGUCAGAGCUGAGGAUGUUGGACUCUACAUCUGUCGACAGUUCCUUACAGAGACAGGACCACAACAUGGAGGUGAUGCUCCUGUUCAUCUGUCUGUUCUAACUAGAAGUACAGCCUCUACUGCAAGACCAGCCUUUUCAGCCACCUCCCCAUCUUCUGCUGGUACCAGUAAUGCUGUUAAGUUGCCCAUCAGUCACAUCAUGCUCUUUGUGACACUGACCAUCAUGGCUGCCAUAGUCACUAUUCACACAAGGAGGAUCCGCCCACCCAAGGCUCUGCCCCCACAAGCAGAAGAAGCCUCUGGUAUUGAGAUUCAUGUCCUGGAGGAAUGACCCCCUGUUCCUCACUCUUCUCCCUGUUCUGGACGAAGACUUUCAAACUGUCUAUAGCUUUAUUGAGUUAGUAACAGAGGACAGUAUAAAUGUUUUUAAAGCGGAUCAUCUAUUUUAGUGCAUAGUGUGGAAGAUGUAUUAAUUCAUAGUUGUGUUCCUAUAUAUUUUGUGUAUAAUUUUA